UGCCAGAAAAUACAGCAGUGAAUCGCCAGAGGGUAUGAUGCUGAGAAACGAUUGCAGUGGAUGAGAAUGAAAAUGUGUGAGUGUGUCUCUGCGCUUACGCUGGUCCCAAAUCUGAACGUCGUCAGGCCAGAGCUCUCCAGAGUGUGUGUGUGUGAGUGAGGCACCUUUGAGGAACGCACCUGGGUUGUGCCAGCUCUAAACACUGCAGAAAGGCGAACAUUUUUUAAGAAAAGGAAAAGGAGGAUAAACCAAAGUACUGUGAAUUUCCAGUACUGCUUUUCUCUUCAAGAGCCCUCAAAGUCCUGCUGCAUCUGGCGAAGUUUUUCCCCUCUCAUCCUUCACCCCUCCCCUCUUGGUGCAGCACAUCUCAGCCCAAGGGACAUUGAGUGCCUAGCUGCAGACCAUGAAGUGGAACCUGUUCAAGAAAAAGCCAGAGGCCAUAGUGGGUCCGGAACCCACAGGCCUGGGCGCCACCCACCCCACUAGCUCUCUGACAAUGGCUCCCACCACCGCCCUCUCCACGACAGCGGACAACUCCACGGAGUCAGGAGGAUCGUCCAUGGAUGACCUCUUUGAGAAGAUCAAGAGCAAGUUCCUCAAUGAGAUCGAGACAAUCCCAUUGCCUCCCUGGGCCCUGAUUGCUAUUGCUGUGGUGGCCGCCCUCCUCAUUGUCACCUGCUGCUUCUGCAUCAUCAAGAAGUGCUGCUGCAAGAAGAAGAAGAACAAGAAAGGCAAGAAGGGCAAGGACGGCUUCAACAUGAAGAACAUGCAAGGUGGAGAUAAACAACAGGACGAUGAUGAUGACGAUGGGGAGACAGGUUUGACGGAGGAGGAGAAAGAGGAAGAGGAAAAAGAGCAGGAGAAGCUGGGGAAACUGCAGUACUCUCUGGAUUAUGACUUCCAGGACAACAAGUUGACAGUGGGCAUCUUGCAGUGUGCUGACCUGAUUUCCAUGGACUCAGGAGGAACUUCUGACCCUUAUGUCAAAGUCUUUCUGCUCCCUGACAAAAAGAAAAAGUUUGACACCAAAGUGCACAAAAAGACACUGAAUCCAGUAUUCAAUGAAACCUUUGUCUUCAAGGUCCCCUAUCAGGAGCUGGGAGGGAAGACCCUGGUCAUGUCUGUGUACGACUACGAUCGUUUCUCCAAGCAUGACAUCAUUGGUGAACUCAAGCUACCCAUGAACACCGUGGACCUGGGACAGCCCAUUGAGGAGUGGAAAGACCUAGAGAGUGCUGAGAAGGAAGAGCCAGAGAAGCUGGGAGACAUCUGCAUCUCGCUGCGUUAUGUGCCCACUGCUGGCAAACUGACUGUCUGCAUCCUGGAGGCCAAGAACCUGAAGAAAAUGGAUGUGGGUGGGCUGUCUGAUCCAUAUGUGAAGAUUCAGCUAUUGCAGAAUGGCAAGCGGCUGAAGAAGAAGAAGACAACAGUGAAGAAAAACACACUGAACCCAUACUACAAUGAGUCCUUCAGCUUUGAGAUCCCACUGGAACAGAUGCAGAAAAUCCUUGUGGUGGUCACUGUCUUCGACUAUGACAAGAUCGGCAAGAACGACGCCAUCGGGAAGAUCUUCAUCGGCAGCAAGGGCACGGGCACGGAGCUGAAGCACUGGUCUGACAUGCUGGCCAACCCACGCCGUCCCAUUGCCCAGUGGCAUACCCUCAAAGAGGAAGAGGACAUAGACGCCACGCUGGCCAGCCUCUUCGCCAAGAAGUAACCUCAUCGCUCUGCAAUCCGUCCGCCCAAUUCACUGCUGCAUGAGACCUUCCGACAUCCCACGCGCCACCAUGUCUACUCAAGAUAAUCACAACGUAUCCAAAAUAAUAUACUUGAAGUAAACAGCCAUUGCUGAAUGUGAAAACUCCCUCUCUGUCCAUCACCUUUUCACCAUGUAGUGUACACCGAAUAGAAGCAUGAAGAGAUGGUUGAAGAAGAAGACAUUUUUUGUCCUAAAGCAGUUUUCAGAUUGUCAUCCCAUGCUCUUGCGGCAGAAUGACAUUUGCACUUGAUGAAGGCAUACAGCCUCCAUAACACUGAUAGAGUAUCAUUAUGCAUGACACGUACAGCCUCUGGUCAUUUGACAACAACAAUCCAAUCUGAUUCAAUAAAAAAAUUGCUAUUGAAUGUAAGUAAGGAAUGAGGUAUGAAAAGGGGCAUCUAUAAAGAAUAAGAAGGUACUACAAAAUUGACUACCUGAAACCAGCCAGGUCAGUAGUUUGGGAAGGUGUCAGCAAUGGGUCAGAAUUUGCAUUUUUUCACACAGGAAAAUAUGCUUGAUUAAAUAUCACCUCAUGUAUACACUGUUUCACAUUAGGUCAGUUAUCAGGGUUCAUGUAUUCCAUUAAGAGUCCCAGGUUAAGCUACCGAAAAUGUCAUAUUCUGUGAUGAAAUUGUUUACAAUGUUGAAUGAAAACAUUUUGGGCUGCUGAAUUAGAAUUAAAACUUGAGACUUGUUUUAGAUAAAUCUAAGUUUUGAAUCUGUAUUUCGGAUGUUAAGGUAAAUGAAGAAUCAUAGAUAUGAUUUUGAUAAGGGAUUUUUAUGCCUCUGUAUAUACAGUUUAUCAACUGUUGAAAAAUGGGGUAAUCAGUAAGAAGAGUUAGUAAUAGUAUAGCAUUACCUUAUUCUUAAAAUUGAAACAUAUCCUACAAACCUAUAUUUGUCAGAGUCUUAUGCAAGGGUUUAAAAAGAGACAAUAGUGAUUACACUGAUGUGCCAAAUGGGGACUCUCAUGCCUCUCUCAUUAUCAGAUACCAUUUACACUAUACUGAAGAAUGCUUUAUGAGAAUCAAUAUAUUGUCCAUUUACAUUUACAUUUACAUUUACAUACACCUAAAUUGGUGUAUGUACCUUAUACAUGUUAAGGCUCAUUGGUUAGUUACUGCAUUGUUUGUUUGAAACAAACGUGCGUACUCAAAAUUCCAUGCAGUAACAUAACAUUACUCUUUGAAAUGCCAAAGUAAUAAUGCAGGUCUAAUGGUAAAGGGCACAGUUCACUGGAGAAGUGAUAAUCAGAGUCCCAUCUCCUUAUGUUAUAAGAACAAAUCAAGGCAAUAGGCAACAAUUCACUCUAGCCAUUGGUGUGCACUCCCCCUCCCUUGAUUUCCUCUAACUUUGCUUUGUAGAUACGCAUUGAUCAACUUUGUUACUACAGCAUGUAUCUAUAACUUGAUGUACAUAGAAGCAUGUUUUGAAGAUAGAGCAUUAUUAUAUUGUGAAUGUGUGUGGCAUUUGUCAUUUUGAUAAUAAAAUGUAGAGGAAAUAUGCACUGACUGCACAUUUUAUUAAACUUCCCAGAAUGGGUGUAGGACUGAAUGUAAAUCUAGAGCUAUAGACAUAAAGCCUUUCCGGUUACUUUUAUUUUGCCUGGGUCUUAGAAGUGCUACUAGGAGCUGUGUGCAAAUUAUGUGCUACUCAGUUAAAUCACAUAUUUGUGGUUUCAUUUGUAAUUGAUUUGUUUAUUCUUGUGCUUAUUGUGUUUUCUUUAUGUCAACUUUGUCUAGUCAAUAUUUAUAUUUACAUGUUAAUGUUUGUGUAUUUGUUCAGGCCUUGUGACAUGUUUUGGGCAAUCUCUGUAUAUGAAAAAUAAGGAAAGCAUAGUCAGUCAGAAGCCAUAUGUGGGCCCUAUUCCACAAAAAUUCCAUUAUCCCAGUAUAAAAUCACUUCCGUUAUAUACUUACAGACUCAUUGCACAGCUUUUUGAUUAAACAAAAUCGAAGUUGAUAAAUUUCAGACAUAAACAUAAGUGCCUGUUCAAAGGCAGUGUGAGAGUUUAUUUCUUUAAACUAACAAAACACAACAAAAGUAAUUUAUUAGGAUGUUAUUAAUAGGCUACCUCCACAUUUAUAUCAGUAUAAUCAAUUAUUUGAUUAAUUGAAUUAAUUGAAAUUAAUUGAUUUGGCAUUUCACAUUAAUCAGUGCAUAUACUUGAAAAAUAUAAUUAAUUACAGUUCAAGAUAUCCACAAGUAACAGUGGCUUGAUUUUAUUAUGCAAUGCACAUCUGUAUUGGUGUGUGUGUGUGUGUGUGUGUAUGUUUGUUUUUGUGUGUGUGUGUGUGUGUGUGUGUGUGUGUGUGUAAAAUUGAAAAACAGAAUAAGUGUUUAUUUUAUUUAUAAGGUUAGCUUUUUUAAAUAUGGUUUUCCAGGUGGCAGAAAGAAAUGAAAGGUUUAUGUACCAUCAUGUUUCCAAAAGAAUCAUUAUCAAUUCAAAAUUCAAAAUAAGGAUGUUGUAUUAAAAGCCUGAUAUAUAAAAUAACGUGGGAUUAUAUGUGUUUCCCUAUUUUUUUUAAAAAAUCACCUGUUAGUUGUACUGUUAUGUGUGGGUCUUUUAAUGUUUGAAAUGAGGACAAUGUAAUGUCUGUGAUUGUGCAAAAAUGCUGUGAAUAUCCUACUGUGAAGAUCUUUUGUUUGUUUCUUUACCAUAUGGCACAAGAAUGAAACCUCUCCUGGGUUAUGCCUUUGGAAUUGGGCUUGCAUCAUAAAAAGCCCAGUUGAAAGGGCAAACAUCCUGUUGUUUUUGAGCUCUUUUUCAUCUUGAAUACCUUGUGUCCGGCAGUUUGAAGUCAUCGCUAGGUUCUCUAGUCCAGUGGUUUGGUGAUGUGCUUUUUCAGUUCUUUUGAGCUGUCUUGCACGUCCAUGCUACUGUGUGGAAUUCCAUUUCUGUCUGUUGUAGCCUACCUACCUUGCAAUAGGAUUAAUACUAAAAAUGUCUUCACAUUUCUUCUGUGACCAUAAUUUAAAAGCUGCAGGGGUUCUAUAACACCCCCCCUGUCGAACUUAACAGACAACAAAUCCCAGUCUUCCCUGGGACACUGUGGAUGCCAAAUGAUUGGCCCCUUUUCUUGUUGAAAUGUUUAACUCCACUUUCUUUUGGACCUGUAUGAACCAUAGAGACUUUACUGAUGCAAUACUGUCAGCAGUCUUGCUUACUAACCUGGUCUAAUGUGCUCGUCCUCUGCACUCGGCUCACCACAAGCACCACGUAGACACUUUUUCCAAAGAACUGCUCAACCCUCCUCCCAUUUUUUGUCUCGUGUAGGGGUGUAUCAGUGAUUCCUUCUGUGGAUGCUUUGGCAUGCUUUUACUUCUCUUAAAGAGGAACACAUUUUCCAGUGGAAUAUAGACCUUUGCUACUCCUGUAGCUUAUAGUCAUAAUGUAAACCAUUAAUAUCCAUACAUCCAGAGAUGCCAAUCAUUAAAAAGGUCUACAUGCAGAUUCAUCAGUUGGUUAUUGCUUAGCUAAUCAGAUAAAAAUAAAUGGUGUUUUAAAUA